AUGAAGUCCAACCCCUCACCCACCGAGCCUCCAGCUGAGGCAAGUCAAAAUGGCGACUCACAGCCUCAGCCUCAAAAGACAACCUUUGGCCUAAAGUUUUGGCUUGCAUUCUGGGCAAUUGCCUCCACAAACCUCGCUGCUUCGUUCGAUGCAACCAUGUUAGCUCUUGCCCUGAAGACCAUUGCCGGAGAUCUAGGGGGAUCAACCACCGAAGCUUUCUGGGCCGGAACCUCCUAUCUGCUCGCCUGCACCAUCCUAAUGCUGAUAUGGGUAACACUCAGCGAUGCCUUCGGUCGGCGGCCAAUCAUGCUCACUUCACUACUCAUAUUCGCCGUCGGGGCCAUCAUCUCUGCUGUUUCACGCGACUGGCCAACAAUGCUAGCAGGUCGGACGGUCCAAGGUCUCGGUGGCGGAGGGAUCGUUUCACUUACAACCGUCCUGAUAACUGAUUUGGCCCCAUUACGGGACCGAGGUCGCUUUUAUGCGCUUGUGAGUGUGAUCUGGGCAGUGGGGAUCUCUACAGGCCCUAUCAUUGGAGGCGCACUGGCUCAAUCGGGGUCAUGGCCAUGGAUCUUUUGGAUCAAUCUACCCAUUGUUGCCGUCGGUGUCAUUGGAAUUGGAUUUUUUCUGCGUCUUUCUCGCCGUCGUCGCACGCUCUCCGAAACGCUACAUAUGUUCGACUAUCCCGGUUCAUUUUUAUUCAUCGCCUCUAUCACUGCAUUCUUGAUUCCGAUCACCUGGGGUGGUAUUCAGUAUCCUUGGUCUAGCUGGCAUACCCUCGUACCGUUGAUUCUCGGUGCUGUAGGCCUCAUUGGUUUUGCGGUGUACGAGAUUUUGAUCGCAAAAUCUACUGCUGCGCCCAAGAAGCCUUGUUUGAUUCCACCGGGGGUCUUAUCAAACUGGACUUGUGGUAUUCUCUACACUGCAAGUACCUUCCAUGGCCUUAUCCUCUAUAGUAUGGUAUAUUACCUGCCUGAAUAUUUCCAGACAGUGAAGGGAUACAGCCCCGUGAUUGCUGGUGUUGCUGCGCUUCCACAGACGCUUACAAGUGUACCCUGCGCUAUCCUCGUUGGUGUUGUGGUCGGUCUCACAGGUCGGUAUCGCUGGGCACUCUGGGUAGGCUGGCUGCUCAUCUGCUUCGGCUGUGGGCUACUCAUUUUGCUCAAGGCCAACACUACUGUGCCUCAGUGGAUAUUUUUGCAGGCUGUGUCUGGUCUAGGAAUUGGGCUCCUGUUCCCAUCUAUUGCUCUCGCAAUCCAAUCAUCCGUCCCACAGCGUGAAGUCAGCAUGGCCGCCACGUUAAACAUAUUUUUCAGGUCGAUGGGACAGACAAUUGGGGUCGCAAUUGGCGGUGCUAUUCUUGGCAAUCAGCUUCCAAAGCACCUCUCAGCUGCCGUGUCAAAAGAAGCCCUUGGUCAAUUACAAGGUCAAGCAAUGAACUUGGUCACCUUGGGCGAUUUACUGAAGCAACUACCAGCCAGCUCGUCUGAGGCGACUGAGAUCCGGCAGGCACUAGUUAACUCAUUCCGGGUCAUCUGGAUGGUAAUGUGUGGCUUCGGAGGAAUCAAUCUUAUAUUGAGCAUCUUUAUCAAAGAGUUCGACAUGAAUCAGAGCCACGAGACGGAACAGGGCUUCGUGCAUACAGUACACGAAACUGCAGCCGAGAAAGAAGUCUGA